GAGAGAGAGAGAGAGAAAGAAUUAUCUCAAACAGUACGGAUUCAAUCGUUGGACGUGUAUAGGUUAAGAACGUUUGAGCAAAACGUAAAAGUCAAGUUUGAACUGAUAAUCCACGAUAUUCUUUCACGAUGGUGAAACUCACACCGGAUUUAAUAGAGCAAUCAAUGCAGUACAUCAAUCCUGUGCGUGAUCGUGAGUUAGAUCUCAGAGGAUACAAAAUACCCACUAUUGAAAAUCUAGGAGCGACUUUGGACCAAUUUGACACUAUAGAUUUCUCAGAUAACGAUAUACGUAAACUGGAUGGAUUUCCACUCUUGAAAAGGAUCAAAACCCUGUUCUUCAAUAACAAUCGCAUUGUCAGAAUUGCCGAAGGCCUAGAGCAUUGCAUCCCAAAUUUACAUACUCUGAUGUUAACUGGCAACAUGAUACAAGAAUUGGGAGACUUGGAACCUCUCAUACCACUGAAAAAUCUCACAAACCUAUGUUUGCUGCAAAACCCAGUGUCAGCUAAACAGCACUACCGACAAUAUGUCAUAUAUAGAUUCCCACAACUUAGACUGCUUGAUUUCCGAAAAAUUAAGCAAAAGGAACGCGAGGCGGCAAUAGAGUAUUUCAGGAGCAAACGCGGCAAGGAAAUGGCACGCGAGAUAGCCAAGAAGGUGAAGGCACAGACGGCUGGUACAUCUGCAGAGAAACCUCUUACUUCUGCUGAGGAGCGUAAAAAGAUUCGCGAAGCCAUUACAAACGCGUCCUCCUUAGAAGAGGUGCAAAGACUCAGCAAACUGCUACAAGCUGGCCAUAUACCAGGCGAGGAACGACUACAGAAUGGAAAUGGAGCAUUGGAAGCUAUGGAGGAGGAUGAUGAUUAAUUCAUAUUAUUUUUUGUACAUUUGUAGCUUAAGUCUGAAACAAACUUCCCUGCAGUUGUAAGUAUCUAGAUUGAAGGAGCAAUGAGUAUAUGAUAUAAAGCUAAUGAGAAACUGUAUACUACACACACAUAUGAUAUAUAUGUCGUUGCCAAAAGAAUUCAGAUAUCCAUUUUGUCAUAAAAAAUAAAAAUGAUAGUAUUAAAAAUGUAGCCAUGAAGCGAUUCUCCAUAUUCCUUACAUUACAUACGAACGUAAUUAAUAUAUUAAUAU